AUGUCGUCCUCCGUCCACCGCGCGCGGCGCAAGUACACGGCGGCGCUGCUGUCGCCGUCCCCUCUCCAUCACCUGCUUGUCCCGGGCCAGUUCGCGGCGCAGCUCGGCGGCGAGGAGGGCAUGGCCAUGGGGGAUGGCAGGGCGGUGGUGGUGCUGCUGGUGAGCCCGCUCGGUAAGGUCUGGCGCGCGGAGCUGCGCCGUGCGGGCGGAGCUGGCGGGGGGUCGUCGUGGCAGCUCGGCGGUGCCUGGGCUGAGUUCGCAGCCGCGCACGGGAUCGGCGCCGGGUGGAGCGUGGUGUUCAGACUGGAGCGGCCCGGGGUGGCCACGGUUAGGGCGUUCGACGCGGCCGGCUGCCUCGCGCGGUUCUGCACGCCUCACGCUGGCAAGAACAGGCCCCGGUUCAUGAGAGUGCUUCACACGGAAGACCUGGAAAAGAUGAAAAUUCCUGACAAAUUCGUGCAAGAACACCUGACGGGAAGUUGUUCAAGCACGCAGAAGGCCAUGGUUUUCAGCCCUCUCGGCAAGUUCUGGCAUGUUGAACUAGACCGCGAACGGGUACUCGAAGGAGUAUGGAGCAGCAGCUGCGACAUGACUGAUGACUUGAUAGUGAUAGGUCCAAGCACCGUGCCGCAACAAGGUGAUAAAGAGCUUGGUGUUUCACCUGUCAAGAAGAAAAAGAAGACCAGGAAUGAGAGUACCCGUGUGGAUGUAUAUCACGGAAAACCAAAUCUUUCCCCAAUUUCUGCUAAGAAGGCUGUAUCGCAUAAGAAACUUGUCUGCACCAUGCCUUGUCAUUCACUCACAAAGCGGGUUACUGGCUUUGAUCUUACGCGCCUAUUUGUGAGCACUUAUGAUUCCUGCAACUGUGUUUAG